AUGACCCAGAAGAUGAAUCAGUUACGAUUAAUCAUCCCCGAUGCCAAACAGGGCAAAGUCCUCAAAACCUGUGUCCGAUGUCGUCAACACAAGACUAAAUGCGAUGCCAUAACCACCAACCCAUUCCCAUGCUCCCAUUGCUUUAAGAAGAACUUGUCAUGCAAAUUAGACAUGGUGACGACCAAGCGAACUACCCAUACCAACGUAGUCAAUAAUGAAGUGUAUGAAAAAUUAACUAACGAAGUGGAGGAUUUGAAAGUGGUGUUGGAUAAACUUAUAGAGAGGAGGAACAAUAUGGUCAAAUUGUUGAUUCAACGAGGGGCAGCUAUACAGAAAGAAAACAUGACUCCUUCUGUAUCACAAAUACAGUCUUGUAUUCAGACUCCUGAAGAUAUACCCAUGACUCCAACAAUCACUGCCAGUCCAACCAGUGAUGCUUUUGUCAUCAGCACCAACAAAUCGGUUGCGCCCAUUGCAUUAACUCACAAACAAGCACAUAUACUAUUCAACAACUAUGAAUCGAAUUUCAACAAGUAUUUACCGAUAUUCCCUGAUGAGUUCUUCACCAGUUUGGAUUUGGUUAAAUUCAACCAAGAAAACGAAUUAUUGUUUUGGUGUAUUGUAUUCACCAGUUACUUGAACAACCCAAUACCCAACUGUAGUGAUAAUUAUAAAGUUCUUGCCGAACACAUCAAGUCAUUAGUGGUGGAAAAGUGUUGGUUUCAAACUCCAAGAUCGGUAUACGUGAUAUCGUCCUUGCUUAUAUUAACCACCUGGCCAAUACCCAACAACAGUGGGAAGAUCGGCGACCACUUGGCCAUCAAGUUCAUUCUGACCAUGAAGUCACUCUCAUACCAAUUUGGAUUACACAAACUAGAAUUCAUUGAUGAGUUUAGUCACAAGACUAAAAUGAACAUUUCUAAAGAUAUAAACUUGAACAAUUUAAUAAGAGAAAGAAUCUACAAGUUCAUCAAUAUAAAUUCAAACUACUGGUUAAUCAGCUUAGGAUUGUCCAACAACAACUACAAUGGAUUCACACAGGACUAUAUCAUUAACAAAUCUUCAAAUAUCGACAUAUACAAGGACACAUCCCCCUGUGACCAUUACAUCAACUCGAUGUUGAAAAUCUCCAUGAUCCAAGCUAAACUCAACGAGAACAUGAAUGUAUUAUUAAACGACACCAACGAAUCAAUCAUGAUGAUGCCUAAUCAAAUCAACACCACCAAACUUAUCAAUUUCAACAUGUUUGAAAUCAUCUUGAAUGACUUGUCAAAGAUGUUGGGCAAACACGAUUAUCUUGACAAUUUAAUCAGCGUGUCUAUUGAAUAUUCAAAAUUGCAACUAUUCAUUUAUUCUUUAUCACAAUCGGACAUAACGAUACUCGAGUAUAAGAAGUACAUCACCAAGAUUGUCAAUUGCAGUUUCACCAUUCUUACAUUGGUGAAAGAUUUGCAAUUCAAUCAAUUGCCAGCAUAUUACAAACUACCAAUUGAAUUCUCCCUUCUUAUUCUCAUUCGAAUUUUUAAAUCUCCAAUCUUGAAUUCAUACUCGGAUUAUCAGUUCGUCAAGAACUUGAUUAAUCAGUUCUACAAAAUCAUAUUUAGUGAUUCCAAGUGGAGGUUCAUCAAUUCCAAGUUGGCCAAGAUUGUGAGUAAGUUUGAUAAGUUGGACAAUUUGUUUAUCAUUGAUAAAAUGAAGGAUGUGAAUGGUAACCCGUCGUUCUUUUUGGUUAAUAAAAUGAAGAAUUAUUUGUGUUUUAGCUUGAACUACGAGUUGAUUUGGUUGAUAUUUGAGCGUGAGAGAAGUGACAAAAUGGACGAACAAAGCAAAGGAAACAAGGUUAUAAAUUGGGAUACUUUUGGGAUUAGUGAUGAUAAUUAUGAUUUUAUCAAUUAUAUUAAAAGUAACGAAUCAGUUUUUAUAUAA